AUGAUGUCGACAUAUGAGGGGUGUGUUGUGUGCAAAGACGGGUACAUGCGAUCAAGUGAUGGCAAGCAGUGCGUUAGAUGUGACACGUCGUGUAAAACAUGUUCCAAUGAUGGUGAUUGUGUUGUUUGCAGUGAUGGAUAUUACAGAACACCAAACAACAACACUAAGCUGUGCAACCCACAAAAAGAAUUGAACAACUGUUUGAACAAGACGACGACUGGGUGCAUAUUGUGUGAAGGUGGUUUUGCACUAAAUAACAAUUUGUGUUACAAAUGUGGUGAAAAUUGCACAACUUGUGAUGCCACUUUUGAGUGUUUAAAAUGUGGUGAUAACAACAUUCUAAAAGACAGAGUGUGUGUUCACUUCUCACAAAUACCAAAUUGCAUCUCAUUAGAGAACUCCUUGUGUUGGGAGUGUGCAGAUGGCUACAAGUUGAGUGACGACAAAAUUGAGUGUUUUGCAAACACGAAUUAUGGUGUGGUUGUUGGUCUUCCAGUAGUGUGUGUUGCUGUGUUGGUUGUUAUAAUAAUCACAAUUGUAACAAUUGUUUUUCUGUUUGUGCUGAGAAAGAAAGACAACAAACACACUAAAAAUGUGUGUGUCUUCAAGAUGAGUCGCUCCAAUAUUAUGAUGACGAAACUUGAUGGCGACAUUCUAUCAAACAAAAAUGAGAUUUCAUUUGGUGAUGAAGACGACAAGAUCUGCAUUGAGACUGAAAGUCGCGAAUUGUUGUGUGUUGGCAACUCGUCUAAAAGUAACAUGAAAAUUCAAAUCACAACAAAAGACAAAUGCAACAAAUACAAAAUUCGCACAGAACCACAAAUAGUGACUUUAAAAAGCGGAUUUGCAUGUGAAUUUGAAGUAUUUAUAACGCCAUAUUGCACAAUGGAUUUGAGUGAUGAAGUCAUGAUUGUUUCACUUGAUUUAAAAGGUGGUAAACAAAACACGACUUUGGUGAACAUCAAAGCACUGGUGGAACAAUCAACACGUCUUGAUUACGACGAAAUCAAAACAGAGAAGAAACUUGGCGAAGGGUCUUUUGGAAUUGUCUACAAAGGAACUUACAGAGGAAAUGUUGUUGCAGUCAAAAAGAUGAAACACGUUGACAACUCAAAUGAUGAAAUUGGAAUGAUUGAAUUUACAAAAGAAGUUGAGAUGUUGGACAAAUUUCGGAGUGAGUAUAUCGUCCACUUCUAUGGCGCCGUGUUUAUACAAAACAAAGUUUGCAUGGUCACCGAGUUUGCACAAUAUGGAUCUUUACAAGACUUGAUAAAACACAAAACGAAUGAUGAAGUUGACAUGAAAAUGCGAGUUAAAAUGAUGAGAGAUGCAUCAAAAGGGAUUUUGUAUUUACAUGAGAAUGGGAUAUUACACAGAGACAUCAAGCCAGACAAUAUUCUUGUGUUUUCAUUUGAUUUGAAUGAUAAAGUUAAUGCUAAAUUGACUGACUUUGGAAGUGCAAGAAAUGUGAAUUUGUUGAUGACUAACAUGACAUUCACUAAAGGUAUUGGAACGCCAGUUUACAUGGCGCCUGAGGUGUUGAAAAAAGAAAAGUACACAAAAAGCGCAGAUAUAUUUUCGUUUGGUGUCACUAUGUAUGAAGUGUUUGGGUGGACUAAUGUUUAUCCACUUGACGCAUUUAAGUUUCCAUGGAAAAUAGCAGAAUUUGUGAUGUCUGGAAAACGACUUGAAAGAAAAGAAAAUAUACAAGAGAAGUUGUAUGAAAAUAUACAGAUGUGUUGGGCUCAAGAAAAAGCAAACAGAGCAUCUAUUGAUAACAUAAUAAAUGAACUCGCUUUGUAA